AUGAAACUAUUUAAAAAAAAGGGUAAUAAUUUAAGCCGAAAGGAAAUUAGAAAAUUGGCUAGAAAACAAAUAAAGAAAAACAAACUUUUGUAUUCCAAGAAAAAAAAAAAAAAGGCAUUUUUGAAAAAAGAGAAAAAACAAGUUACCUUCUCAAAUAAUGAUCAAAUUAUAAUUAAUAGGAACUAUGAAUCGAAUACAAACCAAUUCUUAUCUGAUACAGACACAAAUUUGAUAAACAAAAAUAAAUCUGUAAAUAAUUCAAAAAAAAAGAAAAAGAAAAUAAAACUAAACAAUAAUUCGAAUUCAUCAUUUAAUUAUUUUAAUAAUAAAAGAAAUUAUUUAGAAGAACAAGAAAGAGACGAUUACUUAUUGUCGUAUUUAUCAAAAAAAUUGAAAAUUAAAAAUGACGAUGGAAGUAAUAAAAAAAAUGAAGAAAAACUUAUAAAAGAAUUAGAAAAGGACGGAUUUGAUACAAGCUUGUUAAAAUUGGCUGAUGUAAUAUUUAAUGAAUCUCAAAAUUAUUUAAAAAAAAAAAAAAUUCAAAAAGGUAACGAUGAUGAAAAAGAAGAUUAUAAUGAAGAUGAUGAAUAUAAUGAUGAUGAUGAAUAUAAUGAUGAUGAUGAAUAUAAUGAUGAUGAUGAAUAUAAUGAUGAUGAUGAAUAUAAUGAUGAUGAUGAAUAUAAUGAUGAUGAUGAAUAUAAUGAUGGUGAUGAAUAUAAUGAUGAUGAUGAAUAUAAUGAUGAUGAUGCAGAUGAUGUAGAUGAUGAAUAUAAUGAUGAUGUUUCAGAUGAUGCAGAUGAUGUAGAUGAUCAAUAUAAUCUUUGUCAAGAUAAUGAAAAGGAACAACCCCACAAUAAAUUACAAAAUAAUAAUAUAGAUAACGUUAAAGAUAAGAAAGUAUUAAAAAAAAAAAAAAAAAAAAAAUUAGACAAACCUUCUUCAGAUCAUAAUGUAAAUAAUGAUAACUCCAUUGUUAAGAAAAAAAAAAAAAAAGAGAAAAAAGUUUCAUUUAAUUAUGAAAAUGAUAUAAAGAAAAUGGAAAAGUUUCUAAUGAGUUCUUUAAAUAAAACAUCUGAAUUUAAUAUAAAAAGUAUUAUUGAUGAUAUAUGUAAAUAUUUUCAUGAUAUAGAUAAUGUAGAAUUAAAAUUAUAUUAUAAUAAUAUUUUAAUAAAACAUGUAUCAACAUAUUUUAAGAAUGUCAAUACAACAGAUAUACAUAUAUGUAUGUGUGUUGUUAUUAUAUGUGUGCUAAAUAAUUUAUUAUGUCAAAACAUAUUAUAUGACUUUUUAAAAGAUUUGAUAGCUAUAUUUAAAUAUUAUUAUGAAGAUAACGUAAAUUUAAUGAGGAUGGUAGAAAGAGAAAAUGAAAUGAACAAUAAAAUAGAAACACAUUCCACAUGUAAUGUAAAUGAUAUGUAUUCUAUAAAUAUGAAGAAUGAAAAUAAUAUAUUAUCAAAUUCACAAGGAGAAAAUUAUAAAAUAAGCGAAAAAGAACAUGAAAAAUAUCAAAACUUUAAAAUUUUAUUCAGAAAUUUAUUAAAAUGUUUUAGUUUAUUUUAUGCUUUUGGUUAUAUCGAAUUUGAUUUCAUAAUAGAUAUUAUCAAUAUAUUGUGUGAACAUAUGAGUAUAAAUAAUGUAGAUAAUAUAAUUAUUGUUUUAAAAAUAUGUGGAAUGAAAUUAAAGGAAGAAGAUGAUAAUAUACAUUUAAAGCAUAUAUCGGAAUAUUUAAAAAAACAAAUUGAACAAUAUAUUGAAUGUAAUAAUAUUCUUCUUGAAAAAAGUAAACUUAGAUUUUUAAUUAAAGAUAUUGAAGAUUUAGAAAAUGGAAAAAUGAAAUUUCAUUUUUUAAAUAAAUUCGAAUUUUUAUUUAGUGUCUUAAAAGAAUAUGAAAAUAAAUAUGUAUAUAAAAAAGGUAUGAUAUCAUUUUCGUUUAUAAAAGUUUUUAAUACUAUAUCAAUACAAGAUAUAAAUGAAGAGAAAAAAAAAGGAGGCAAAAAAAAAGAAAAAAAUAAAAAUAAAAAUAAAAAUAUAUGUAACGAUUUACAUACAAAUUUAUCAAAUAAUCAAAUUAAUGAUAUAGAAAAUAAAUCAAAAAUUAACAAAUUAAAUUACUUAAUAGAUCAAGAACAAUUUAAUGAAACACAUUUUAAUAAAUUACUUAAAAAAUAUAAAAUUCAAGGGAUAUUACCAAAAAGAAUAUUUUUAAUUAUUAAAUAUAGUUUAGAUGUAGAUGAAUGUGUACAUAAUUUAUUAGCAGUAUUAAAGAAAAAGAAAAAUAUUCCACAUGUUAUUCAAACUAUUAUACAAAUAAUUUUAUAUAAUAAAAAUUAUAAAGAAUCUUAUGCUAAACUUUUAUGUAAUCUAUCUCAUGUCAAUAAUAGAAUUUAUAUAUUCAGUUUAAAAACGAUUUUUAUUAAUUAUAUAAAAAAUAUAUCUAAUAUGGAUAUUAAAAAUGUUCUCUUUUUGAGUAAAUUGUUUACUUACUUAUUAAAAGAAAAGUUAAUAAACUUUCUAAUUUUUAAACAUAUCAAAAUUGAAGAAAUAAAAAAUGAAGAAAAAACAAAUGAUGAAAUAGAUCAAAAAGCAGAUACAAAUUCUAAUAUAUUCUUUUUUUUAAAAACUAUUUUUAUUUUAAUAUCACUUGAUGAUCAAAAGGAAGAUAAGUUAAAAAAUAAAAAGGUAUGGACUAAUAUUUUACACAUUUUAUAUAAUCAAAAAUUAAGUACAUCCUUAAUUUAUUCUUUUAAAAAUAUAAUUAAAAAGUAUAUAUUUGAUGAAGUAAAAAAUAUACAGAAAGUUUAUCCAAAUUUUAAUAUGAAAUAUAUUGAUCAUUUUUUUAAAUUUUUAGAAAAAAUACAAAUAAUACAAUAA